AUGAGCAUUCGUGUUGUUAAGUUGAUUCUGGUUGUAGCACUCUGUGCUGGAGGUCUAGUUAUACACUGUGCUAAUGGAGAGGUUUCAUUUACAGAGCAAUCUGAGGCGCGGUAUGGAGUUACUAAGGCGAGCUACUGUAAUGUGACCGGAGUUUGGCGCAAUGACUUGGGCUCGCUGCUCCAGCUGCACGCCGUGGGUUCCGUGAUGAAAGGAGUUUAUGUAACUGCUGUUGAGAGCUCCAUUGGGGCGGCAGGAUUCCAUGGGCAAGCCGGCUUGACGGGUUUCGUCAGCGAGGGGGCGCAACCCACCGUCACAUUCUCGGUGUUGUGGGAGAAGGGCUCCUGUACCUCGUGGGUGGGUCAGUGCUUCACUUUGCCGAAUGGAGAGCGAGUGUUGAAGACUCACUGGAUGUUACGCUCCGUUGCCAAUAGCCCAAAAGAAAACUGGAUGAGCACCAGGUUUGGUGAAGACCAUUUUACAUUUCUUCAUGUUGAAAUUCAAAACUAUUCAUGAAAAAUAAAGACUAGUGUCAAUCA